GUUGCUUGUGUUGAAGUGAUUGCGGCGCGUUCAACAUCACAGCGCCUCUUUCCCCCACCCCGUGCCUCCCGGUGGGAGGAUGCUACGUUUGUGUGAAGGCGGCUGCUCUUCGUUUUGGGUGCCCGCAGAAAGGGGGUACGGCUGGGAGGCCGUCCCACCCGUGAGCAGCUGCGCGGCCGCCUUGGAGCAGGCCCUGCGUGGGGAAGGGAAGGAUACUUGGGCGUUUAGACCUGCUCAGUAGGUAGAGCUGCUGUGGACGGCGAGUUGAAAACUGUUGUGGACGGCGAGUCUGAUUUCUAGGAAAGAAGCGGUAGGCUUUUGGUUCAGAACUGGGUGCGAGGAAGAAACCGGCGAAGCAGGAGUUUAUUCUGAAAGCUGUCAUUGAAUUUGCAUGGAUUUGGGAGUUAAAGGAGUUGCUGCAUCCCCUCGAAGGCAGGCUCAGCUGUCAUCGAUGGGAAAGAAACAUCAGGGCUGGAGACCAGAUACACAGGCUACUCAUGGUCCUCGCCCACCAGAGGUGCCAUGCCUAGAUCUAGGGAGGCUGAGAGAUUCUGAUGAAGAGGAUGGGGACUCCUAUAUACCAUACAGUGGGAGUUAUACUCAUACAUGCCCUCUAGAUUUAUCUUCAGACUGGAGAAUGUCAUUACAAACACCACAUGCACAGAAUCAUCAGGGUCAACAGCAUUCUGUUUUGAAUCAGAAGACAGUACCAGAAAAUCUGCCAUCCCCAACAGACAGAUAUACACUGAAGUAUCAUCAGUAUGAAGCAGAUAUGAAGGAAGAAUAUAAGCAGCAUUUUCAGAGAAUUGCAGAAAAGAAAAAAGACCGCCUCCAGUGUCCAGAAACUUCAGUAAAGGGUACACAGCUUGAAGAUGGACAUGAUGAUCUUACAGCUCUUGAUGAGAAAGCUCUCCUGCAACAGUGCUACACAAGCAAGCCCUAUAAUAUGUGGCAUAGUAUAAGGAAAUAUGAAGCUGAGGAUGUUGCUGCAGAGAGGAGAAAACAGGCUGUAGUAGAACAAGUAAUGGUGGAUCAAUUAUCUAGAGCUGUUAUAAGUGACCCAGAGCAAUCCACGCGUGCUGAUGUUUACAAGGAAGCUCAUGGACUUCUGGGAACUGGGACAGCACCAAUGCGUUUUAGGAAAAGAACGCUACAUGAAACGAAAAUAAGGACCAAAUCAGGAUUAACUGAAAACAUGCUCUCUAACAAGCUACGCUUUGAUAGUAGGAUUAUAUCAAGAAACGGUCGCGAUGCUUGUAGAGAGUUGAUUGGAUUUUUUUUUGCAUGUGACAAAUCCCUUACUGUGUAUGAAUUCCGACAAUUUGGAAAAAAUAGAACAAAUGCCUUGCCUUUCAUUCAGAAGGGAGUUUAUCAACAUCAACGUGGAAAAAGGAAGGGAAACGCUUACGAUCUUGGUGAUUUCUACAUUGGAGCUAACCUAACUUUCCAAAGUGUUGAUCAUAACCUUCCAGAAAGUGUUAAGCAGAACCCAGUUCUCACCCUUCGUGUGAUAAGUAUUGAUGAAGCAGCUAUGAACUUUCUAAAAGCUGCUUCUACGGAAUUAAAGCAAGAAUGUUCCAAGCAAGUAGUUGAUGACAGCGAAGUUUUCAGGAAGAUUCAAGGUAUAUUCAGAGAGACGCUAAGUAAAAGAGGAGUUCGGGUUAUAACAGGCUUAGGAAAGUAUUUCCGACAAGUAGACAAGAACAGAAAUGGUUUUCUCUCACAGGCAGCCUUUAAAGAAGCUCUAAAAGUAUUCCAUUUGGAAAUGCCUGAAGGGGACUUUGAAUCCUUAUGGCUUAUUCUUGAUGACUGCAAUAGUGAUAAGGUCGACUAUGGAGAAUUUACUCGUGCCAUAUUUGGAGAAAUGAAUGAAUAUAGGAAAGCGUUUGUAAGAAAAGCUUAUAUGAAACUAGAUUUCAACAAAACUGGGAGUGUGCCUCUGGUAGAUAUCAGAAAAUGUUACUGUGCAAAGAAACAUCCUCUAGUAUUGGCAGGCAAAGCUACAGAAGAAGAGAUUAAAUCGUCAUUUCUAGAAACAUUAGGAGAGUCCUGCAGCAACUCCAGUGAAGUGUCCUAUUCUGAGUUUGAAGAUUACUAUGAAGGAUUAAGUAUUGGAAUCAUGGAUGAUGAUGAUUUUGUUAAUAUCUUAAGGAACCCUUGGGGAAUUUAGGGUGGAAGAUGACAAAAAUGGAGACAUUUUCUAAACAAGGAAUGAGCUAAAUAAGAGAGGAUUUAGUCCUAACGUGCAUUACUUCAUAAUUAGUGUCUUGAACUGAUUUCACUGAAAAUUAAUACUUUCAGAAUAAUACAUGGAAAAUUUGUUAGAGUGUCUGUUGAGCUCUACUAACCACUUCUUUAAUGUAAAUGCUGUUCAUUCCUUUUCAUUGAAAAUAAUAAAGUCUGGUCCCUAUACCAAAAGGCAUCGUUUACUUGAUAUUAAAGUGGCCUGUUCUAUUAUAAGAGAGAAUUAGAAUACUGAAAUGCAU